AUGGUCGUUAUUGCAGAUAUGAAGGACUCGCCAUCCAUUGGCCGUGAUAAAGCCGAUGAAGAAGACAUUACAGUUGUUAGCUGCGAUUCGGACGAUGAGACGGAACAGCCUGAGAAAGAAAAACCAAAGAAUAGCGAAAAACCUCAACUGCCACGAUUUUCAGUCACAAACAUUCUAUCACCGUUUAAUAAUUUGGAUAUGAAGGACUCGCCAUCCAUUGGCCGUGAUAAAGCCGAUGAAGAAGACAUCACAGUGGUUAGCUGCGAUUCGGACGAUGAGACGGAACAGCCUGAGAAAGAAAAACCAAAGAAUAGCGAAAAACCUCAACUGCCACGAUUUUCAGUCACAAACAUUCUAUCGCCGUUAAAUAACUUGGGUGAGGAUCAAAUUCUCAUUUUUUGUUGA